AUGAACGAAUCAUCAUCGUCAAUAUCACCAACUGUUUUAGGUUGCUUUCAAGUCCCUUAUCCAUAUUUGGUCAGAGAACAUUCGACUUUCACUGGAAACACGGCAAGAAACAGCACUGCUUAUAGGGGCAUGAUAGCCGCGCUGAAGGGUUUGAUCUCCAAAAAACUCUUGUUCAUACAUUGGUCUGCUGCCUACCAGCCACAAAUUUUCAUCAAUCUGGAAACGAACAACUAUAUUGAGAGUUGGAACAACCAAUUGAAGACAAACCACUUACAAAGAAAGAGAAAUAGAAGACUGAAUCGCUUAAUCUCUAUCUUGGCCGAUGAUAUUCAUGCUGAUUUUACGCACAAUACCGCUAGGAUGGCUGCUAAUAUCGGACGUAUGAGCUCAAAGACUAGAGCGGCAAGAAAGAGAAUGAUCGCAGCAGAAGAGAUCAAUGAGCUGUCAUUAGAAUAUAUGAUGCAGAAAGUAUAUAUCGAUGAAGAAGUCUGUUAUAUUGUCAAGUUUUUCACAACAGAAGUUACUUUCAACAAAAUAAGCGUGCCUAGAAAUGCUACAGUGUUCUUACGACAUUACCAAGAAAUUGACUCUAGCUUGAGAAUUCAUACCAUGGAUGAGAUAACACUUAUCCAGAAUACUGUGGAGAAAGUACCAUCUGAAGCUGGGGGUAGAGCGGAUAAAUUGCUGACAAGCAUCACGGGUGUAUGA